AUGCCUUGGCCGGAAAGCCUCCGGUCUUUACUGGUUGGUCGUUGCUUUAGCCAGAAUUGGUCGUCAGUGGCUUUGCCCAGCAGCCUUCAAAGUCUAACAGUUGAUUCUCUCUUCAACCAGAGCUUUGAAGAAAUGGCCUGGCCGAGCAACCUUCAGCACUUGGCUUUUGGAUUUGAUUUAGGCCAGAGUUUCGAUGGAGCAGCUUUGCCGGACAGCCUGGAGAGCUUGGUGUUUGCGCAAUUCUUCAACAAGAGCUUGGCAGGAUUUAAGUGGCCAAGCUGCUUGCAGAGUCUGAAGCUGGGAGAUGGAUUCAACCAGAGCUUGGCGGAAGUGGCGCUGCCUCGGAGCCUGAAGAGGCUGAGCUUCGGAAAUGGCUUCAACCAGCCUUUGGUCGGUGUGACUUUCCCUCCGAGGCUGGAGUGCUUGACAUUUGCCACCGGCUUCAACCAGAGCUUGCGAGGAGUGCAGUUCCCCGAUGGCCUCAAGAGUGUGACUUUUGGCCACAGCUUUGAUCAAUGGCUGGCAGAUGCGGCAUGGCCGAGUGGCCUCGAACGAUUGUGCCUUGGAGACAACUUUAACCAGAGCCUGGUCGCAGUGUCCUGGCCGCCGAGCUUGGAGAGUCUCACGUUCGGGCACAGCUUCAAUCAGAGAUUGGUGGAGGCGAAGUGGCAUGUGGAUUGGCCAAGCGGGCUUAAGAGUCUGGCUUUUGGGAACAGCUUCAAUCAGAGCUUGGCCGGCGUGAUUUGGCCUAGUGGUCUGCAGAUUUUGGCAUUUGGCCAUAGCUUUCAGCAGAGCUUGGACGGUGUAGCUUUGCCUAGCAGUCUUCAGACUUUGACAUUAGGUGGAGAAUUCAACUCUGAUUUAGCUGGAGUGUCUUUGCCCAACCUUCGAAGGCUCGCUUGGGCGGAUCUGGUCUUGAGCACAGAGUAG